CGGGUGGUCGGCGUCAUCGGCGCCUCGGGCAGCUCCGUCUCCAUCAUGGUGGCCAACAUCCUGCGGCUCUUCAAGAUCCCCCAGAUCAGCUACGCCUCCACCGCGCCCGACCUGAGCGACAACAGCCGCUACGACUUCUUCUCCCGCGUCGUCCCGUCGGACACGUACCAGGCCCAGGCCAUGGUGGACAUUGUCAAAGCCCUCAAGUGGAAUUACGUCUCCACCUUGGCCUCUGAGGGCAGCUACGGGGAGAGCGGCGUGGAGGCCUUCAUCCAGAAAUCCAGGGAGGAUGGAGACCUCAAUUCCUCCAAGCUGAUCCCUUCCCUCUGCAUCUGA